AUGAGCUCCGCCCGCAUCCGCACCAUCACAAAAACACCACUAAGACGCUAUACAAUGUCGCACUCUAGCAAUCCCGCAAACUUUGCCAACCGCCCCACCGAGGAAGUACGCGAGAUCGCCUCCAAGGGUGGAAAGGCCGCGCAGGCCGCACGCAAGCAUGACCUCCCGGGCCAUGGCAACCCGGGAAACUUUGCAAACAGACCCAAGGAGGAGGUGAGGGAGAUUGCGUCUAUGGGCGGAAAAGCUUCGGGAGGGUUCGCGAAUAUGGAUCCGGAGAAACAGAGAGAGAUUGCGUCCAAGGGCGGGAAAACGGCGCAUGAGAACUACAUGGAGAAGCAGAGGCAGAACAUGCCCGGCCACGGGAACCCAGGCAACUUUGCAAACAGGCCGACGGAGGAGGUGAGGGAGAUUGCGGCGAUGGGCGGAAGAGCGAGCCACAAGCAUGAUCACGAGUAA